AUGUGCUGGUGUGCAGGCUUCGGUUUUUUAACAUCGAGCCAGGCCGGGCUUGCGGAUGCGUGCCACCCGCCGGCGGCGAACAGCCGAACACAACCCAACGCCCGCCUUGAGCAGCGGCGAGGCGAGACGCUCUUCUGUAUCCACAUGCGAUGGUGCGAGGGACUGCGCAGACAUUCCUGGCCAUCGGCUUGUUCCUGCGCCGGCCCGCCGUGCGGGGUUAAGCCGCGCCUCGUCCACCAUGUGCCACCAACCAUGGCAGUGGCACCACCGUCGUCGCCUAGCGCCGCACGCGUGAUGCGGGCUAUGGGUGGGGUGGUGGCCGCUUUUCCAUGUGGAAGCUGGAAGCCAACUACUCCAAUUACAGUUAUUAGGGUUUCUCUCGUCCAGGCUUCCGAUCCUUCCGACCUAUCAAGACUAGCAGGAAUAUUCCUUGAUUACAUGGCUACUGUAUCAGCAGUCAGUGCUGUAGGAUGGGUUGUUUCUCCUAUUAUUAGAAGGAUGGUUUCUUUGGUGCAGUCCUAUAUGUCAAGCCAGUACAAUUGGAAAUCUGGGAUAUUAUCUGAUCUCAAGAAUUUGGAGGCCACUUUAAUGGAUAUACUGCUCGUAGUUGGAGCAGCUGAAAGGCAACAUGUAGUGGACAUAAAUCAGAUGUUGUUAUUGCAGCAGAUGAAAGAUGCAGUCUCUGAUGCAGAAGAUGUCUUGGAUGAGUUUGAUUAUAUGCUUUUAAAAGAAAAGGUUGAGCCAAAAGGCCUGCUCAGACGCAUAGGCUCCUCUUCUCUUUCUGUUGGUAUGCGUCUGGUUAACAUUGACAAGUUCAGCUCAAAUUUGCGGAAGGUCCUCAAAAGCUUGGAAAGGGUCAGAGCUUCUGCAGAGAUGUUUGUCCGGGUGAUGGCAUUGGAGGGUUUUAACCCCAUUCAGUCUCUAGAGUGUGUCCCAGCAAGAAUUACCGGAUCCCUUUUGCAUGAAGAUGCGAUUUUUGGGAGAGAAAAGGAGAUAGAUGAACUCGUGGGUCAGCUGCUGUAUAUAUCCGAUAAAUCUUUGCUGAGUAUUCACCAGAAGUUAAGGACAGAGGUGCACACUAUUGUUGGUGUUGGGGGCAUUGGCAAAACUACUCUGGCCCAGCUGAUCUAUAAUGAUGACCGCAUCGUGGAUUCUUUUGACGUGAGAAUGUGGGUUAGUGUUUCCAAUAACUUUGACAAAACUAGAAUUACCAAAGAGAUCAUAGCAUACACAACUGGUGGUGAGAAUGCUGAAUUGGCCAAUUUUAAUUUUAGCAAGCUCCAGGAAGAACUUAGAUGGAGACUUCGUUGCAAGAGGUUUCUCUUAGUGUUGGAUGAUGUGUGGUAUGAUGAGAAAUAUGGAGAACACAUCAACAAAGAAAGGUGGAUGGACAUAAUAGCUCCUAUUAAGGAAAUGUUUACAAGGCCAGGAAGUAUGACGGGAAGCAAGAUUCUAGUGACAACCCGAACAGAAUUGGUUGCAAAAAUGCUGGAUUCUAGAAGCUUGUUCAUUUUAGAAGGUCUGGGAAGGGAUGAUAGUUGGUCGCUAUUCAGGCGAUGUGCAUUUGGCAGCAGGAAGCCAGAAGGUUAUCCAGAGUUGAAGCAGUUAGGCUACCAAAUUGUUCAAAAACUUAAAGGCUCACCUCUAGCUCUAAAGGUUGUUGGUGGUCAUUUAAAUGGAAAAUACAGUGAUGCAGAGUGGGAGGAUGUUCUUCAAAAAGAUGUCCUCAAUCCAAAUGAUAUUUUAACUAUCUUACACUUGAGUUAUGAAAGUUUGCCGGAACACCUACAGCAGUGUUUUGCAUAUUGUAGUUUAUUCUCAAAGGGUUACCGUAUUGAUUCAAAGAGAUUGAUCCGGAUGUGGAUAGCUCAGGGCCUUGUUCAUCUAGAAGGAAAUAACAGUAGAAGUUUGGAAGAUAUUGGAAGGGGCUAUUUCAAUGAUCUGUUAGCUCGAUCAUUUUUCCAAGUGCUCCGUUGUGGAGAUCAAACAUAUUACGUUAUGCAUGAUUCACUGAAUGACCUCGCACUUCAUGUUUCCAAUGGGGAAUGCUUCAGGGUUGACCAUGGCAGCGUUGGGGAGUUUCCUCAUUACAUUAGGCAUUUGUCUGUGUCUGCUGAACAACUGGGAGAUCUUGUGAACUAUGAUGGUCUCCGGAGAUUGCGUACAUUUAUGAUUCUGAAUGAUUCUUGGUUCUGCUCCAAAGUCUGUUUAAGUCAUGAUAUACUCAAUAAACUCAAGAGUGUGCGGGUACUUGAUGUAAGCGGGUGCUGCUUUGGAAGCUUUCCUGAAGCUGUCAAUGAUCUGAUCCACCUGCGUUAUCUAGCCAUUCAACGCACUUAUUACCCACUGCCUACAACAAUCUCCAGACUCAAUCAUCUACAGUCAUUGUUUGUGUUGUAUCAUUCAUGUUACUCUGCGAGGAUAUCUUGCUCAAACAAGAGGAAACAACUGAAAUAUUUGAGGAGGGAAGUGAACACUACUGGAGGUCAUUUCAGGCUUCCUGAAAGCAUUAGCAGGCUCAUUAACUUGGUGCAUGUUGAUGUAGAGAAGGCUUACACUCUCAUGUUAUCAGGUGUGUUUCAGCUUCCCUGUGUCGAGGGUUCUGGAGAAUUCCUUGUCAAUAAGAAGGAGCAAAGUUUGGUACAACUGAAGGAUCUAAACAAGAUUAGGGGAGAGCUUUCUGUUAAGUUUCUGGAGAAUGUAAAAAACAGGGAGGAGGCUGCAAAGUCUCAUCUAGACUUGAAGGAGCACAUCUCUAAGUUGGAGCUAGAAUGGGGAUCAUGUGAUGGUGCUCAUGAUAUGGACAAGGGCUUUGAGGUGCUUGAUGUAUUAAAGCCGCACCGCAAUCUUGAUGAGCUAACUAUCAGUGGGUACCCAGGUGUCAAGUCUCCUUCUUGGCUAGAGUCUGAUUGGCUGAGAAGAUUGAAAUUGAUCUGUCUACGAGAUUGUAAUAGAUGGGAGGUCCUUCCACCUUUAGGGGAUCUCCCCUUACUCAGAACUCUUGAAGUGCGGCGAAUGGAAGAACUAAAAGCACUCGGUCAGGAGUUCUUUGGUCAUGCUGGAUUCCCUUCUUUGGAAAGAUUGCUUCUGGAACGCCUACCUAAAUUGGAGUGGUGUCUUGUGGACAAUGAUAAAGUGUUGCAGAAUCUCAGACACCUCUCUGUUGCUGGCUGUCCACGGCUCAGAUCAUAUCCUACCCAUCCUCGUACACUCAGACAUAUAGCUGUUCUUGACCAAGAAAGAAUCCAAGUUAAGGCUCAGAUGGAUAGUCUUGAUUUAUCAAGAUCGUUUUGUAGGCUGGUAUCAAGCUCCUUACAUGUCUUGCAUGCUCAUCACCUAGAGUGUAUAGAAGAUAUGGACAUCUAUGUGAACCAUUCAGUAGACACGUCCACCACAGUGUUUAGCAAUCUGAAAUCACUCAAACAGUUGCAAAUAUGUGGCAUCAACCGGGCAAAUACCCCCUCUGUAAUUACUACAUUGUGGGGUGAGAAUGGGGCCACCGUACUUCCUUCAUCACUUCGAUUCCUCGAGUUAAGACGGUGCUACCUGCAACCAUCCUCUUUUUCCAAGUUAUUGAAGAAUCUCCCGUCACUUGUUACACUACACUUAAUAGAAUGUGACACUGUUGAGAUACCGGGUUUACCGGUAAGCUUGCACCUAUUGAGGAUGCUGAAACAGUUGUACAUAUAUAAAUGUGAUUGGAUAUCAUCUUUUGAGGGAUCAGAAGCACUGUUGUCCCUUGAAGAGAUGAAGAUAGACCAAUGUUAUGAUCUGGAAUAUGUACCGUACUUGGAUGACAUGCCAUGUCUUCAGAAACUACAUUUGUCCCGGUGCCCUCAAGUUAUGCGACUGUCUAAAGCAGUCCACCAAACAACACUGAAAGAGCUGGUUGUAAGAUCUUGCGAUGGGCUAUCAUCUCUGCGAAAAUUGUGUGACCUUGUUUCACUUGUGAAGCUGACGAUUACUGAUUGUUCUGAUUUAUUGUGGCUUCCUGAUAUGACUGGUUUUUAUUCGCUCCGGGUUCUCUCCAUUGACCGGUGCCCCCGGCUGAGGUCACUGCCACGGAGUGGUCUUCCUGUAUCACUUGAAACAUUUUUCCUGUCUAGAUGUCAUCAAGCACUGGAGGAGCAGUUUCAGCGGAAGGAAGGUCCAGAUUGGAACAAGUUUGCCGCCCUUCCAGGAUGCAAAUGGGAAGCUGGUAGGCGGUAAAUAUUCAGGGCUUGUUGUCAGGUACUCGUACUUGCUAAGAGGAGUUGUAGUGAUAAGAAACCCAAAGGCAGAAGAUGUACGACUGUCAACAUUUAUUCAUUCCAUCCUUAUUAUUACUUUUAUUUUCAAGUUAAAGUUACUUUCUGUAACCCCUCAUACUAUAUAAGGGGCAGUAACUAGACGAGAUGUAUCGAUCAACUAUUCAGCCAAAUAUUGAUCAUUAUCAAUACAGUAGUAUAACUUUACAUA